UCCGCCUUCCAGUCGGUCUGGGCGCGGGGCUGAGGGGAGGGGCUGUCUUAAAAGUCUCUCCUUCCCCCUGUAGGGGCGGCCGGCGAGUCCCCGCGCGAGCGGAGGGUGCCAGAGGCAGGGGCCAAGAAACAAAGUUCCCGGGGCUCCCUCCGGGGCCGCUGUCUGGGCUGCCCGUUUGGCCGCCCCCCUGCUCGCGAAGGCCAUGGCUUCCAAACUCCUGCGCGCGGUCAUCCUCGGGCCGCCCGGCUCGGGCAAGGGCACCGUGUGCCAGAGGAUCGCCCAGAACUUUGGCCUCCAGCAUCUCUCCAGCGGCCACUUCUUGCGGGAGAACAUCAAGGCCAACACGGAAGUUGGUGAUAUGGCAAAGCAGUACAUAGAGAAAGGUCUUUUGGUUCCAGAUCAUGUGAUCACACGCCUAAUGCUGUCGGAGCUGGAGAACAGGCGCGGCCAGCACUGGUUACUAGAUGGUUUUCCUAGGACAUUAGUACAGGCUGAAUCCCUGGACAAAAUCUGUGAGCUGGAUCUAGUGAUCAGUUUGAACAUUCCAUUUGAAACACUUAAAGAUCGUCUCAGCCGACGCUGGAUUCACCCUCCUAGUGGAAGGGUUUAUAACCUGGACUUCAAUCCACCUCACGUACAUGGGGUUGACGACAUCACUGGUGAACCAUUAGUACAGCAGGAGGAUGAUAAACCUGAAGCAGUCGCCGUCAGGCUAAGACAGUACAAGGACGUGGCAAAGCCAGUCAUUGAAUUAUACAAGAGCCGAGGAGUGCUCCACCAAUUUUCUGGGACGGAGACUAACAAAAUUUGGCCCUAUGUUUACACGCUUUUUUCAAACAAGAUCACACCUAUUCAGUCCAAAGAAGCAUACUGAGCCUGCCAAUGGAAGAACCAGGAAGAUGUGGCCAUUCAUUUAAUUGUGUGUGUAGUAUUGGUGCCAUGUCCAAAUUAGAAGCUAGCUGAGAUAGCUUGCAGCAUCUUUUCUAGUUUAAAUGGUUAACUGAUAGGAAAACUAAAAAGAGAAAGAGUUCAUGAAGAGGCCCGCUGCCUUUUAUAAGAAGAGUUACCUAUACAUGUGUAAGGUAUCUCUGCACAUGUCUCAAGCUCUUCACAAGAAAGCAAGCACAGGCUGGAUUUUAAACAGUGUAUGACCUAAGCUCUAGCUGAUUUUUGACAGCCAUGUUGUUGUUUAGUAGUCUUUUUACAGAUGAUGGUGGUAGUCUCUGGUUCUCCCUACCUGCCCAAAGGGUGUUGCACCAGUAAGCCUACGAAUGCCAAAGGGUCCAGCCUGGGCUUUGUGCCAGGUUCUCUAGUGUGUGCUCCCCUGGUAACAAUGGAAUUAAAGCUAAUUGCUCUCAGUGGUUGCUUUUCUGGUCUUGAGUGACUGUGUCCACAAUUCAUUUUUUUCUGGUAGGAGUGACUCAUCCUUUUCUAAAUCCAUGUUCCAUAGAAUCUCUCCUUUUUAUACAUCCUGGGAUGAAAGGAUUUGGCUUCUACUUUUUUUUUUUUAGGCUAUUUUUUUUUAAACGUCUGUUUUCUCUCUUCCUAGGCUAUUAAAUAAUACAGAUUGUUAUUGCAUUUUUCCCUCUCAAAUUCUUCUUUCUAAGAACUGGGAGCUAGGGGACUAUGUUGAAUCUCUUCGUACACUGGGAACUGAGCUAUGUGGAGGGUCUUAACUUAAACUGCUGGUCUGACUCUCAUGGGUUGACAUUGCUUCUUUCAUUGUGAAAAAAUUAAACCCCCAAAAGUCUCUUGGGAUCCUCC